AUGGUGCUCGAGGCGACGAUGAUCUGCAUAGACAACUCGGAGUGGAUGCGGAACGGCGACUACGCCCGUCGCGGUUCCAGGCGCAGACCGAUGCCGUCAACCUCAUCUGCGGCGCCAAGACCCAGGGUUUCUGGGAUUCCGGAUCUGAUUGCUUCUGUUUGCUGGUGGGUGCAGUCGAACCCGGAGAACACGGUAGGCGUGAUGACGAUGGCCGGGAAGGGCGUCCGCGUGCUUGUCACUCCCACCAGCGACCUCGGGAAGAUUCUCGCCUGUAUGCACGGGUUGGAAGUUGGUGCUGAGGCAAACUUGGCUGCGGCAAUCCAGGUUGCUCAGCUUGCACUUAAGCAUCGCCAGAACAAGAGGCAGCAGCAGAGGAUUAUAGCUUUCAUCGGAAGUCCUGUGAAGUACGACAAGAAAGUUUUGGAGACAAUCGGGAAGAAGCUGAAAAAGAACAAUGUUGCUCUUGACAUUGUUGACUUUGGUGAAUCCGAUGAUGAAAAACCUGAGAAACUCGAAGCAUUGAUUGCUGCUGUUAACAGCAGUGAUAGCAGUCACAUUGUUCAUGUCCCUCCUGGUGAUAAUGCCCUCUCUGAUGUCCUCCUAAGCACUCCUAUAUUUACCGGUGAAGAAGGCGGAAGCGGUUUUGCUGCUUCCGCAGCAGCUGCCGCCGCUACUGGAGCAUCUGGAUUUGAAUUUGGUGUGGACCCAAAUGUAGAUCCAGAAUUGGCACUCGCACUGCGGUUGUCUAUGGAAGAAGAGCGGGCAAGGCAAGAGGCUAUUGCAAAAAAGGCUGCAGAAGAUACUUCUAAUACCGAAAAUAACAAUGCCUCAAGCUCAAACAGCGAUUCUGUUAUGGCUGAAGCAGAACCUGCCUCAAAUGCUGCUGCUGGCGACAAGAAAGAACAGCCAAAGGAUGAUGACGAUCUACUACAGCAGGCACUUGCAAUGUCAAUGGAGGAUGGUGCUUCAGGAUCUGCAGCUGUGACUGACUCUGCUAUGGCAGAAGCUGGUGCUGUUGACCCUGACUUGGCAUUGGCUCUUCAAAUGUCUGUCCAGGAUGCAAACAUGUCCAGUGACACUGAUAUGAGUAAGGUGUUUGAAGACAGAACGUUUGUGUCAUCUAUCCUUAAUUCGCUUCCUGGUGUUGAUCCCAAUGAUCCAUCUGUUAAAGAUUUGCUGGCAUCAUUGCACAGCCAGGGGGAGCAAGAGAAGAAGGAAGACAAGUCAGACAAAACAGAAGAUGAGAAGAACUGA